AUGGGCAACGGCAACCGAGCACAGCAGAAGCGCGAGCGCAACGCCAAGGACGCAAAGAGCACGCCGAAAUCGCAGCUCAAAGUUAACGAGAAUGCCAAAAACAUCCAGUGCGAGAUCUGCAAGUCGACCUUCUUGAUGACCACGCGAGAGCCUCAAUUGACCCAGCACGCCGAGAACAAGCACAGCAAGACGAUUGCCGACUGCUUCCCGACAUAUGGCAAAUAG